AUAAACUAGCAUCUUUGUGAUUAUACGUGUUUAGAUUCUCUUUAAGAUAUACCGCGCUUUUAUUAUUUCCAACCAUCGUGGCCCGCAGAAUAGAAAAUGGAUUCUGAGGAGUCUUCUUUGGCGAAUGUCUCAUCAUCUUCUCCAUUCGUUUUUGAAAAGGGUCAACUAACUGCAGACCAGAAUGAAGGUAGCAGUUCAAAUGGCCAACCAAAUUCAGAAGAGAAAGAAGCAGGUAGCAGUUCAAAAGCUAUUUCAGUUAAUCAGUCACCUGAAGCUGGCGCCUCUACUACACGUGAUAUAAGAAAUAUUUUCAUUAAUCAAACGCCUGUACCAGGACCAUCCUCUAAACGUGAUGUAAACGUACUAGACUGGCCUGCUUCCACAUCAAAGGAGCACGGUCCGUUUCAAAUCCCGAUUGAAAUAUACGAAUGCAUAAUUUCGUGUACCAAGCCCUCGCGUAUACCAAUUCGCGCAAAUUAUAAGGAUGCGGAGAAAUCGAAACAUCGACCGUUCCGAUAUUUCGAUUACUCGCCGCAGACAACAAUACAUCACGUGCGGGCGAAUCGAAUGAUGCGUCUGCUAAUUCAGUGUGCGUUGAGAAACGCCGCUAUAGAUGAGCACAGUAUGAAAUGCGUUUGUUGCAACCUUUUACCUUCCGAACCUGUAACGGGAAAAUGUGGACACACCAGUUGUAUGAGCUGUAUUGUAGCCCAUCGGCUCAAGUUCCAAAUGGAUGAAAGCUUUAGGGGAUGUCCCUGUGGUGAAGCAGGUUAUGAGACGCUGCAUGUAAGCGUCAUGGCCAGAGAUAUACUUGAAAAACUAAAAUGUAGUGAAGAAAAUCUAAGAAACUACAUGAAGCGGUUAUUUAAGGCGAGUCGCCAGAAGAAAAUGAAAUCAUUACCAGCCAGCAGCACCUCUUGCCAAUUGCCAGCCAAUGCAGAGGGAGAAUGCCAGUUAUUAGACAAAGCAUCCAGACUGCCCAUAACUGCACAAGCUCGCUUUAACUUUGCAAUUUAUCUGAUCGAAUCAGCCCAGUUCUUAGAAGCCGCCAGUCAUUUAGCUAGAGUGAUCGUCACUGGGACCUAUCAACUCGCGAUUAAAGCGCGUAGACUUAUGCAGAAGGUGAUGGUACAUAUCGCCAAAGAAUACUACUCUCCGAGGCUUGAAAAAUUCUUACGCAACUUGGUUAAAAUGCAGUCCGCUAAAAUGUGGCUGAAGCUGAAAGAUGUCGAAUGUGUUCUGUGUUUUGAGACACUGCGCAAUCCUGUGACGACAUCUUGCGGUCAUACCUACUGUAGGAUUUGUGUAGAACGAGCUAUAGAUUAUAAUCUGCCAUGUCCCUUGUGCAAAAGAUCCAUGGCCGAUUUCGAUUUCAGUUCUAAAUCGCCAGUCGCAAUCCUGCAUCUAGCAUUGGAAUCGAUCGACGCUGUAUCAGUAGAGAGGCUAGAUCCUAACGUAAUCCCGAUCUGUUCUUGCACUAUAGCUUAUCCGGGAGUACCCUGUUCAGUUUACAUUUACCAGCCACGACAAUGGGUCAUGGUCCGUCAUAUUUUGAAGUCUGACAGGCAUAUUUUUGGUAUGCUGGCAAAUGACAAUGAUUGCGAAUAUGGCACAAUUUUAGAACUACGAGACUGCCUGCUCUUCGAGGAUGGCAGCUAUAUCUUGACCACUAUCGGUGUUUCGCGCUUUAGAAUGAUCGAGAGGGACACCCAAGACGGGAUGGACGUAGCUUUAAUCGAAAGAUUCGAUGAUGUGUCCGAUAAUGAUAUACCGACUCUGGCACAGCAGUGUAUUCAGAGCACAGUAAUCUCGUACAAGUCAUCCGUGUGGCUCAAUUCCUUGGAUGAGUCCCUUCAGUUUGAACUUUUGGCAUAUGGUAAUAUUCCUGAAGUUGAUACGGAUUUUGAGAUGUGGGAUGCCGCUCAUGGACCAAUUUGGCAUUGGUGGAUCAUCUCCAUACUGCCACUCUGCCAGGAUCUUAAGUUCCUGAUACUGACUACAAAUUCAUUACAUAAGAGGCUCACAGCAAUCUCACGUGUUUUAUCCAUGUUGCUGAGUUCUAACAACGCCUCUACACUAGAAGAUAUAGAACGGAAGGAGAUAUUCUUACGUAUGUGGUUUGAUAGACUAUUGUGAAACAAAACCCGAUAUAAGGAAGGUCAUCUGGUUCGCAAAUUGCCUAAAAUGUCGGCUAAAAGGCGUAACGAAUAUUCCAAUUAUCUCAAAAUGCUGUCUAUUAAUUUAUUGCUUAAAUCACUCGAGACGAAGACGAUAUUUGAAAAAGCCUGUAUAAAAUUGUCAUCUCUAGCUCACAGUUCAACAUGUUAACUGCUGUCGCUGUUACUAAAUAUUUACAGGUACGUAACGACAGCAGUAAAAUAUACAGGGGAGCCUUGUGGCAAUCCAUUAUUUACUUCAAUCACAUUUUAUUAAUUAUAAUAAAUUAUUAUUAGGCAGACCGUCUUACAUACGUGUCUUGGUUUAAAUAUUAUUCAUGGCCAUAGUGAUAGUAAAAUCUUAUACAUGUUAUUAUAAGAUAAAAAGCCGUACCUAGUACUCUCAAGUUUGAAUUAAAUAUCUUUAAACAAAUAUUAUGUAUGUAUAUAUAGGUAUUUCUAGUGGUCGGCCAAUAUUAUAUAUUUUAAUUUGGAAGGACCCAGCGGGUAUGGUCUUAUCCUUCUCUCUUAUCAAUAUCCUUAUAUAUUUUAUUUAGUGGUUAUUUUGCUAUACGUCUUUCGCCUCAGAACGAGGUAUCGUCAUUGAAAAUAGUUGGGACAUUGUAUUAGUAUUGACUGAUGCAUGAUGCCUCGUUCAGAGAAAUGUAAAAGAGAAGAGAAUAAUAUAAUUAAUAUAUAAUAUAAUGUAUAAUAUACAACUUUCCCUUUUAUACAUUUUCUAUACACAUCUUUCAUGUAAGUUCGACUGUAUCAAUCUAAUUCUUGGCAGGGUCCUUUGUGAUUAAUAAGUAUAUUUGUUAGAAUAGACUUUUCUGUGGUAGUAAUAAUAUUAGAGGACAAACAAUCUGGAAAUAUAAUAAUAAAACUAUUUAAUAUACAUUAACAAUAAGUAUUUGUGCCAAAGUCUGCGUAAUAAAUAAACUUCCACUCGGUCUCAUUGAUUUGUUACUGUCUCGCGAGCCAUCGUAGAAUCAGUAUAAGAAUUGAAUUUGAACAUUGCUCAUGUAAUGAAAGUGGAGCAAGUUCUUGGAAUUGAGUAUGUACUCAAUUAACAUAUGUUACAAAAACUAUUAUUACUAUGAAUUACACCCAACGAUUAAUGAUAUAUCAUGCUAUAAGGGUAAUAAACUAUUAUUAAUAUAAGGAUGGGACCCAUAGUGCAGCCAUAGUAUAUUACUAUUUUUUUCUCUCUUUUUUGGUCAAUAGUUAUUAUAGUAAUGGGAUUUUCUAAAAUUUUGUUACUUAUAUAUGUUUUUAUUUUUCUUAUUUUUUUUAAUAUCAUAACAACGGGCGUACCUGUUGUAAAUAAAUGAAUCACUGUUUUUAUUAAAUUUAUGAUUGCAUUUAAUAUUUAAGUUCAUAGCGAUUUUCAUCAUUCACCUCUCACUAUUGAACAUAUGAUUUAAGUUAUAAGCUAACUAAGUAAGUAGGUAUAGUUCUAAGAAUUUUGAAAUUUAUAUAAUUAAUAUUUAUACAGUAGAUAAUUAUUCAUAGGGUCAACGUACACUUUUUCUAUAAUACCUACGCACAAAGAGAAAAUUCAUAGAAGGUUCAGAAACAAUGAAAAAUUAUAGAAUCUUUCAUUUGUUCCUCAAUUACAGCGCUAUUUCUUUAAUUCUGCAACAACUUGAGAAGUACCUAAGACAGAAUAAUGAAAGUGACGAAAGCGAAUUUUGUUAAAACAUAACUACAAAUUUUGAGAGAUCGUCACAAACAGUCUUGAUUAUGAGGUCCUAAUUUAUAAUCAUUGGGUUUAAAUUACUAAAAUCCUAAUCACAUCACAUAUGUAGCGUCUAUUUACUUAUAAUUAGAUUUAAUACCCUUGCAUCUACUCAUACCUUUAUAUAUAAAUAUAUAAAAGAAAACCUGUUAUAUUCCAUGUUCAAAACGCUUGGUAUAGAUGCGAAACUCUUCUUUACAGGAUGAUUUUAUAUAAAUUUGAGAGCUCAGUCGUUAGCCGUUAGCUCAGUUCAACGAUUUUGUAAAUUCUUAUUUUUCGGUGCGUAUUUAUAUAGAUGGUGGACGGUGGUCAAGAGUUUGUAGUAGACGAUCUCACUAAGAUAGUUUUUUUUUAUAUAAAAACAAAUAACAUCGUAUAAGAUACCAGUAUAUUUUAUAUAAUGUACACGCCUAUACAUAAAAAUCAUUCCAUUUAAUAAAUAUGAUCUCGUUAAUCUCGAAUAAUAUAGUUAUUAAGUUAUGAUAAUUUGUUCACGUUCUAUACCGAAAUUUUUAAAUAUAUUAUAGGUAACAGGUUCAACAAAGCUGUAAGUUCGCUGUGAUCGAAAAUUGAUAUGUGAUGAUACUCAUAUUUUGUAUAGGUUUAAGAUCAUUUGAUAUAAUAAUUUUUUAUGGACUGCAGCAAUGGAAAACAAUUUGAUUGAACUUACGAAAAGGGGUAGAAUCGUGUACUGACACUGAAUACUCUAUAACGUCCAAUACUUUAAGUGUCCGUGUCUAAAGACGUUAAUUGAUUAAUAUAAUUAUUUAUUAUCUCUUUUUCACUAAAUUAGCCUAUAUUUAAAGAAAAAAAUCAUAAUCUAAAAAUAAUUAAUCUCCAAUAUAAAAAAAAAUAUUUAAGACACUUGUUUCAUCAUACAGAGGCACGUAAUAAAAGAUUCGCAAGAUUCGCGUAAUAGUUUUCCCAAUUGAGCUAUGUGGGAAGAAUAAAAAUUGUUCAACAGCUUGUUAGUCUGUUUUCAUGUACUGAUCUCAAAAUUUGUCUUUGCAAGUUACCUAAUGUUUAUUAAGUUAAUCUUAAUUAGCUAGUUAUUGUCUAUAUAUUUAAUGGUUAUAUGCAGUUAAAAUAAAGUAAAUUAUAAAUCUUGCCCCUAUUUGUAAAAACUGACACCUCCGAUAAACCUAAUUUAAUUAUCCAAAUGUUCAAAACAGUGCAAUGGUUUAUUAGAAGUUUGAUGUUUUAUGAAUAUGGGAGAGAAUAGUAAAAUUAAUCUUUCAUACAUAAUAAUUACCUACUUUGUGUUGUAAUUAGAGUUGUAAGUAAAAUCUAGUUAAUUAUCUACAGUAUUUGUAUUAAUAAUAAAUGCAAUGUAAAUUUUUAAUAAAGUA